AUGGAACGUCCAUCCCAAAGACAAUGGGACCCCGUGGCUCCCUCCCUCCUCUGGGCGCAUGAACUACGACGAGAACAUGUUCACCUCGCCGACCAACUCGAUAACACCCGCACUGAUCUCACUUCUACCACCAACACAGUGACAGAUCUCGCAAAGAAGAUCGACGAUGUGAGCCGCCAAAUACAAGAAGUAGAAACCCGCUGCGAACAAGCCGAUCAACUCCGCAAAGUCGUGACAAAUGAACUCCAAGACCGCAUCCAAUGGGUGACUGGGCGUUUCGAGGCCCUGGAGACCGAACAUGCCCAACUGAAGAGACGGGUGGAACUUUUCGAGAAGGAAUACUCCGAUCGUGUAGAUGACUGGACUCGGCGGUUUGGGGACAUUGAGAGGAGGUUACCCUCGAAGUUACAGGGUAGGUUUAUUCAUUUCUGCCUCCUGUGGUUCUGGUCCCCUGGUGCGAUAUUUACCCGGUUACUGAGAAGAAACAGUUCCUGUUGCACGGCGAGGAUCGGAGGUGCUUGCGCCCGACUCCAUGCCCGUGGGCCAGUCGGCGCCGAUGCCCUUGUCCAUAGGUCCUACGCGUGGUUUAUCGGACACUACUUGGGCAUCGUCGAGUUCGCUUGA